AUGGAAGUCGAGCAAAAUUCGAACGAAGAACUGAUCGAGCGCGGACUGACGGCCACCGAGCGGGCGGUCGACUCGAUCCGCGAGGGAGACCUCGUCCGUCGGCACACUGCUCUCGAGCUCCGCGAGCUGCAAGUCUCCACGCACGCCGACUUUCAGCAGUUGCGCGAUUUGAUGCGCGAGUUCGACGAUCAAAUCUACCGCGAGCGGACCGCCAGUCUCAAGUGGAUGGAGAAAAAGUUGGAGACGGCCAGAGCCACUGCCGACCAAGCGGUUAGUUUCUUACAGUCUCUCUUUUCGACAAUUUUUAGGUGAAAAUUCAGCAAGAGUGGAAGUUUUUCGGAAAAUCAGCUUUUCCCGGCUGCGUUAAUGCAUUUUUAUGCGGACAAACAAAGAAAUUUUGCAGCUCUCGUCGACGCUGAUGUCGAAAGAUGUGCAAUUGCUCGAGAAGAAGGUGCACAGUCUGAAGGAGUCGGUAAUCAAAGUGAACAAGGCGUACUACGAGUACGAAAACACUGUCGACAUGAAGGAUCUGAUGGAGCAGGUCACCGAGAUGGUCUAUCGGACCGAAAAGAAGGAAAAGGAGGCGUUGGCGGGCAGGAAGACCGACGAACAGUCGCUGGAGCAAGCGUUCCGCGCGGCUAUCGAGGGACUCUACGGCCUAAAAUCGAACAAUCCGAAAGUGAUGGAGGAGGCGAAGAAGCUGGCCGCCGAGCUGCGUGUCUUCCGCGACGCCGCUUCCAAUAAGGUAGACAACUGGAAAAUUAUCGACUUUUCAAAUUUUUAACUCGCAAAACAGCUUUUUCUCAUUGAAAUUAGCCGGAAAACGUAUUGUUCGACGGCAGAGCCUCAAAAUAAUCGAUCGAAAAGUUUGUGACAAUAUAGAAAAUUCAAAAAUCUUCGAUUAUUUUGAAAUUCAAGAAAUCUCGAAGGAUUUCAAGUUUAUUUUCUGAUCGCAAAAGGUUGCAAAAAGAAGCACGGCAAAUCAAAUUUACAGAACUUCUACGCGAUGAUCUCGAAAGGGAACGCGGCGCCGUCGACGGGCUCGAGCAACGGAACGACCAGUUCGGAGCGCAACUUCUCCUCCGGCUCUUCGGCUUCUGGAGCUUCGUCCGGCGCGAGCACGUCUUCCUCGGCCGGCACUUCCUCCUUCACCACUCUUUCUUCGUCUCAAAUGAGCAUCUGA